GCGCUCAAUACAAUGUUUGUAGAGGUUUUCCUCCCGAAACAUCGCAAGAGAGAAAACAGGGGAGCUUGGAAAAAGCUAAAUGGGGAGAAAGCAAUGGAUCUCUUCACCUGCUUACUAAUCACAUUGCUCCUUGUGGGGAUCCAGAGCUGCCCGGAGGUGUGUCGGUGUGUAGCAAAGAAGAAAUAUGAGCGAUAUGUUGCAGACUGUUCUUAUCAAGAUCUCCAGGUGGUCCCUCAGGACUUCUCCUCCAACACCACCACCCUCACCCUGUCCGUCAACCACAUUGCCUCCUUGGGUGAAGAGUCCUUCGCCAACACGGCAAAACUACAAGGUUUGUGGCUCUCCUACAAUCAAAUAGGCACCGUCGCUGUGGGCACCUUCUCUUUUCUGGUACACCUCCGGGCUCUUGAUCUCAGUCACAAUCAGAUUAAUAAUUUCCCUUGGAGAGACCUUUCCAACCUCACAUCUCUGCAACAGCUGAAGCUCAGCAACAACCAUCUGGAGAAGAUCCCUCCAGAGGCCUUUCGGCCCCUUAAGGAUCUUCGUUCUCUCUGGCUCAGUGACAAUCGGCUCGCGAUUCUCUCGGAUGGGACCUUCAGUUCCAUGCCUAAGUUAGCUCAGCUGCAAAUCAACAACAACCCCUUCGAUUGCACCUGUAAAAUUUGGUGGCUGGAUGGAUGGCUACAGAGCACGCUGGUGUCGAUUCCAGAGAAGAAGUCCGUUACGUGUGCUACUCCGGAGACACAGAAAGGACUCAUUCUUGGGAGGUCCUUGAAGUUAGACUGUGCCCUUCCUUCGGUGCAGUUGGUCUAUCAUUCCAGCUUAGAGAACAGUAAGUUGAAAGAUGGGCUAACUCUUCAAUUGCACUGCAAUGCUGUGGGUAAACCCCCGCCGAAGAUCAGGUGGAAAAUCCAGACAGCUGAUCAACAUGUGGCCAUCGAUGGGCCCAACGUUGAAAGAGAAGAGGACUUGUUGCGAGAUCCUGCAGGUUCCUCGCAGAGCAGAGGGCGCUUUCUGGUCUUCAAAAAUGGAUCCAUGGCGGUCACCAAAUUCAGCAAGGCCAACGAAGGUAUUUAUACUUGCCAGGCCUAUAAUGAUGUUGGCUCUCGUGAGGCUUUUGUCCACGUGGCUUUGACCGGCUCUGAGAAACCCACCACUUUCCUCAAGAACCAUCUCCAAGCCAGCAAGAAUCCAAACAAAACUGGUGACAUCAGAGAAGGCCUGACCUCCGACGAAAAUGUGAAGUUUGUCUAUUUGAUUCCUACCAUGCCCAAGACUGUUUGCAAUGGAGGAACUCAAAGCCAGUUGGGUUUCUGGAGUUUAUUUCUGUUCUGCUUGCUUGCCCAUUACAGCUAAGACAUUUGCAAUCUAGCAUCGGUGAGAAAAUCCAACUUAUUUCUAUAGGAUGGCCCAUGGCAGCUCUUAGUUUAGGUAAAAGUUUCACACUUUGGUUCUUAGACGAAGAAUCUUGAUUUGAACUGGGGCAGGAUUCCCCAUAUUCUCAAGUAAGAAAAGAAACAGACAGGUGAACAAUGAGAGAGAGA